AUGGUGGAGAAUGCUGCCGGACAGUCACCCUUCACUGAUGACCCUCGACGGCAUAAGAUUGUGGAAGGCCAAUUUUCGCUCCCUGCGGGCGCUCGGCAUACGCAUCUCUUACCAGACCAAAGAACCGCCCGCGUCCUCGUUGACGCUUUUUUCAUCAACACCCAUGGGCUCCUGCAGGUCUUCGAGCGUCACAAGUUCUUGGAGAAGCUCGAGACUUGUUAUUCCGACCCGUUAUCUACUGAACCUUCCUGGCUAUGUAUCCUCAACUUAGUCUUUGCCAUUGGCUUGACCAUGGCCACCCCACUUUCUGGGAGCUCCGAGGCGCUCAUCAUCGACAAGCUGAGGAGUGAGCACCUGGACCGAGCGGAAGUCUUCUACCUCAACGCCAAAAGCCUGAACGACCCGAUGACCGGGUUUGAAGACCAGGACUUUUGGUCAGUGCAAGCGUUGCUAUUAAUGUCUGUAUACAUGCUCGCCAAGUCGAAACGAAACACUGCGUUUGCCUUGCUAGGGAUGGCAGCCCGCUCAGCCCAAGCACUUGGGCUACACCGGGAGGAGACCUUGGUCAUAUUCGGCCCUGAAGAGCAGAAGGCACGGAAAAAUCUAUGGCGCUCAUUAUUCGUGAUCGAUCGACUUCUUGCUUGCCUGCUGGGGCGCCCUACGGCAAUAUCUGAGAGCGACUGUUCGGGAGAUAAUCUACGCCCUGCCGAGGCAGCCGCUGAGGCAUCGAAUCUGAAGGCCAACUUCAGUGAGACCGGAGCUUUCGCCCUCGAGGCUGCUGUAAGAAGCUGCUCUGCUAUUGGUCUGAUACUGAAGAAAGUCUACCAACAACGCAAGAUCAGUACGCGACUUGCUCAGGAGAUUGCUGACAUAUCCGGGCCAGACCUGUACUCGUUAGGUGGCCAAUCUAAACCUCCGAGCCUCUCCAAUGUUUUCGACCUUUCUGGUCUUGAUACCACCCGUGUACCCAGCCUCUAUUCUGAGGAGAGUGGCACAGAUGAACAGAUCGAUUUCGAUGCGUUGUGGGCAUGGCCGAGCAAUACUCCUGCCGUCGGGUCGCCCAGAAACCCUGGUGACGCUGCUGCCAUUGGGCUGCCGUCGACUCAAGGCAUGAGCGAUAAUUCUGUGCCGUUGUUUAGUGUAGUUUCACAUGCUGGAGAUUGA